AUCGGUUUUCAGUGCGUAGGAUGACGAUCCGAGUGUCGGAGGAAAACAGGAUACUUUCGGCUAUGCCGUGUAGCUGUACCGAAGUGUGUAACAGGUGGACGCAGCAUCGGGAUUAAAAUACAGCUCUCGCGUGCCUCGACAGCCGUCGGAUUCUUGAAUACAAGUUUUAAAUUGCCACCACCGCUGGAUUUCCGAGAGAACCGCGUCCGAGGGAGAGGAGAGAAGACGUCAGUAUGUACGCGGUGAACGCCAAGAGCUCGCGCUUUCUACUCGUCACGACUGUCUACUUGAGCCUGUUGCUCGAUAACAUUCUGCUUACGGUCGUCGUGCCGAUCAUACCGGACUACCUUUACACCCUCGAGGGUAACUCGAGCAGCGACGGGGAGGUUAAGGAGCAGGAUGUUAACGGCAGAGUUGGACUGUUGCUCAGCUCCAAGGCGUUUGUUCAGCUGUUUUUGAACCCGGCGGUGGGAAGUCUCACUGGUACUUUUGGCUAUGCCAAGCCGCUGUUCCUGGGGAAUUUGAGUCUGCUGCUGGCCGCUCUGCUGUUCACCUUCGGCAAAACGUACGAGGUGCUGUUUCUGGCGCGGAGCAUCCAGGGCGUCUCGUCGGCCUGCAUCGGCGUCUCGGGAAUGUCUUUGGUCGCCUCCCAGUACCCGGAGGAGGACAAGCGCUCCAAGGUGAUGGGUUUCGUACUCGGCAGCAUCGCCGUCGGUGUCCUCGCCGGCUAUCCCAUGGGCUCGGUUCUCUACGACCUCGAGGGCAAGAUGGCACCGUUUCUCCUCGUCGCCAGUUUCAUCGUUCUUCUCAUAGCUCUCCAAUUAUUCGUGCUGGACUUCAAUCCAACGAAAGGCCAGUCGACGACGGAAAAGUCGAGCUGGACGCACUUGCUACUGGACACUCGCAUCCUGAUAAUUGCCGGGGCUAUUUGGUUCUCCACCACGCCGAUGGCCAUCCUCGAGCCCUGUCUGCCCAUUUGGCUAAGGAGUCAUAUAAAGCCCAAGAAAUGGCAGCUGGGAACGGUGUUCAUCCCGGACAGCGUGGGCUACCUCCUGGGGACGAACUUCUUCGGGGUGAUAGCCUACCGGUACGGCCGCUGCAAGACCGCGGUUCUGGCGAUGCUGCUGGUGGGCUUGAGCGCCAUGACUAUACCCGCCGCCGACAGCAUGUCCCAGCUGAUAAUACCGCACUUAGGACUUGGACUGGGCAUCGGCGUGGCGGAUGCGGCUCUCGUGCCGCUACUCGCCUCUCUGGUCGAUCAGACCGGGGGAUACGGUCCGGUCUACUCCAUUCAACAGAUCGCCGUUAGUCUGGCUUACUCUCUGGGUAGGAGCGGCUAUUACUAUACUGUGUGCAGCUUGUUUUGGACUGUCCGAUAGCGAGCGGCGAGUUGGUGCAGAGCAUCGGCUUUCCUUGGGUGAUGCGGGUUGCCGGUCUGGCGAACGUCGCCUACUGUCCUCUGCUGAUCUAUCUGGCCCUGAGGCGUCGGCGCGACCCGUUGGCUCAGCAGGAGAGAAAAGAGCAGUACAACUCAUUCGAGCCAGCCGCAGCAGCUGCUCAGAAACAACAGCAGCACGCCAAGUACGAGAGGUUUUACGACUCGGACGAUGGACUUUAAAAAGUUUUUUGAAUUCCUUUUCCGAGAGAUGUAUAUAUACAUAUACACGCGGAGCUUGCGGGAAAGAGUUCUCUCUCUCUCUCGUCUCUCUUAUGCAUAAGGUAUACACAACGCUGUAAUAUUUCUCCGUAAUUCCUUUGUGCAUCUAGUUAUGCGAACUCGCCGCGACUUUACUCUCUCGGUGUGAGCAAUGGAGACACACACACCCUCUUUCUGCUGGAGAACUUGUGCAACCGACCUCCGGGAUUAUAAAUUCAUAGCCAUGGGUAUAUGAGCGUGUGGUGGAAUCAAGAGAAAGCUCCGAGAAAGCUCAUUCGUGUGUGUAUUAUAUCGCGAUGAUAUAAUUUCGAGAGUGAGUUAGGCCGCAAAAAUACACGAGCGAGCUUUCGCACUCCGUUAUGCGAGCUUUCUCUCCGUACCCUGUAUUCUUCUCCUCUUUGCGUUGUAAUAAAUAACGACGGAGAGAGAGAGAGAGAGAGAGGGUUGGUUGUUAAUAGUGCAUCUCACAGUACUUUUUUUACGGAUCAAGACCGUUUUCACUCACUGUAAAUAAAGCUUGUUGUUAUGCAUAAACGGCGGUCAGCGUAUAAUAUAAAUACACCGCCGCACAUAUAGAUUUAACGACGCGAAUCAAGCUUUAACCUCUGCAUCGCGUAUACGAUUGAUAGUACACGUGUGCGCGGUGGCUGAUAUCGAGUGUCUAUAUGUGCGUGUACGAGAGAAGAGCCGAACGGCUUGGGUGUAGCGUUCCAUUAUUAACGCGUGCGAGCUUUUCCGGUGCGAAUUGUCUACUUUCGGGAAAUUCGAGCGUCGCGGUUUCACUUGAAUUAUUCGCCGCGAAACACGAGGAGCUUUAAAGCUCUUCUGGAAAAUUAAAAUUCGCGUCGUGUAUACUUUAUUCUCUCUUUUGUGGCUAUUACCGUUUGGUCGUUUGUUGUAGGUUACUCUCGCGGUGUAUGUAAGCCGAGUCCAAACGAGCACCUUUUGACGGGGCUAUAGAAUUUCCGAUCUCGCGGCGUACGUAUACACGGGAAGACACAUCGAGAGUUUUCAAUUUCGAGCUUGUAUAGAAUUCGGUGUAUUUUGCAGCUGCCUCUUCAGAAAGCGCUUGAUAUGUCGAGAGGAAAAAAGAGAGGGAGAUAGUAUAAUAUCUAGACGUGCAGUGAGUGAACGUGAAAGUGUGUGCGGCGAAUCUUGGUGUUCUGUCUUUAAUAAACACUUUAAUUACUGAUAACCACAUGAUAUCCUAUAAUAUACUCUGUUAUAUAUUUAAUAAAAAAAAAACCUACGCCGAA